AUGACAACAGCAUCAACAAUUACUACAAAAAAACCUAUUCUUAUUAUUAAAUCAUCGGAAAGUUCAACAUCAAAAUCCAUAUCACGAAAUGUUCAUUUUGUUCCAGACAUUAUAAUUAUCAAUGACGAUCAGUUUACAAUACCCAUUCAAGAUUCAUUAACAAUACAAUCAACAAAAAAAGAAGUCGACAAUGACAAAACCAACUAG